ACUAUUUUAACUCCUCAUUGCAAUUCGUUUUCUCCUCUUAACACUGAGACGAUGAGCUUCUUCCUGCCAAAGUUACAAACUAAGAAAGAUGUUGAUCAUAUUAUAAAGACUGUGGCGGAGAGGGUGCUGGUUCUGCGAUUUGGCCGCGAUCAGGACCCGGUCUGUCUGCAACUCGAUGAAAUUCUUUCAAAGACUGCUCAUGAUCUGAGUAAAAUGGCAGCCAUUUACCUGGUGGAUGUUGACAGUGUGCCUAUAUAUACUCGCUACUUUGACAUCAGCUACAUUCCUUCCACGGUGUUCUUCUUCAAUGGCCAACAUAUGAAAGUGGAUUAUGGGUCUCCAGACCAUACAAAGUUUGUUGGGUGUUUCAAAACAAAGCAAGACUUCAUAGAUUUAAUUGAAGUAAUAUUCCGUGGAGCAAUGCGUGGAAAGCUAAUAGUACACAGCCCUAUUGAUCCAAGGAACAUCCCAAAGUAUGACCUCCUUUAUCAUGGCAUCUGAAUGCGCCAGCUGGCUGUUGUGCUUUACAAUUAUAUAAUGGCAAAAUCUUUCAAUUUCUAGUCAUUUUUAAAUCAGAUGUUCCCCAGACAUUGAGGAACUUUGAAAUUUUGGUUAAAUACUUAACUAGUUCAUACAAUUAAUCAACAAGAGACUUCUUGGAAGAGACAAGAAACAUUUUCCAGAGCUCCUGGUCCACUAUUGUUUGGAAUUUCACAAUCCCAGAACUCCAGAUCUCUGCUGAUUAGAAAAGCUGCUGCCAUAAGCUUGAUUCAAAGAUGACCUUUGGAGAAAUGAUUCACCUACUCUGGCUAUUUUGAAUUUGAUGAGAAUUUUCUUGUCAAGAACAUUUCUUCGAGAAAGAAAAACUACAGAUGUGAAACGAAAAUUCUGUAAAUAGUAUGUCAUGCAACAUCCGUGGAACGAUAAAUAGAAUGAAUCUUUCAGGUGGAUGACUGACAGUUCAUCAGAAUUGACUAGUUCUGAUACAAAAAGGCUGGUUAACAUUAAUUAGACAAUUUUAGAUAAGUCCAGAAGUGGUAAUGUUUCAUGUUGGAGACUAAGAUUUUGUUUCUUGAGCUUCAUUGAAACAGCUCAAAAGGCCAAAGACAGGUCAGAGUGGAAGUGGGACAGAGAAUUAAAAUGGCAGACAAUCAGAAGCUCAGAUCACCAGUAUGGUUUGAACUGAAGUGUUCUGUAAAGCAGCCACACUAUUAUAUUUGAUUCCUGCAAUUUACAGAAGAUCACAUUUUGAGCACUGAAUGCACUAUGUUAAAUUGGAAAGAGUACUAAUGAAUUUCUGCUUCACCAUGAAGGAGUGUUUGGGUCCUCUGGGUGGGGAAGGUGGUAAGAGGUAAAGAAGCAGGUGUUAUAUCCUGCAGUUGCUGCGAGAAGGGGGAGAGUUGGAAGUGGAAGAGCGAACCAGGAAGGCACAAAGGGAACAGUCCCUUUGGAAUGUUGAAAGCAGGGAGAGGGGAAGAGCAAUCUAGUGAUCGUAUUGUAUUCAAGGUGACAGAAGUUAGAGGAUUAUCUGUUAACUAUGGAGAUUGGGGGGUGGAAGGCUUGGGAGAAAACAGUUAAAGCAGAAGUGAAUGACGUGAAACAAGCACAUUUGAGGGACUCAGUUUCCUCUACUCUGUUUUCAUUCAUCUCUUUCCAUUUACAUCACCUCCAGACAGAUCAACUGCAAUUAAUAAGGCUUCACCACCCUCUCAGCCACCAUCAUCAGUUGUAUCAUUCAUUCUCUUUUGGUCGCUAUCAUAGACAUUCCCUUCGUUCCCUACACUGUUUCCUCUUUUCAACGUAAAAGAUGUUGGAUUUCUAACUUUUCCUAGUUCCAAUGAAAGGUCAUUGACUAGAAUACUUCUCUCUCCAGAUACAGCCUGGCUUGCUCAGUAAUUCCAGCAUUCUCUUUACUCAUUUUCCCAGUUCUAUAGUCCCUAUUUGUUACUCUUUUAAUCUAAAACAUAAACAUUACACAUAAACGUACUAUUGGGAAGAGAAGGAAAUGUUGUUUCUGUACUACUACACAUUUCCUGACCAAGCCAGUAAGCAGCUAACUUAAGUCUCUAGGCCCUACUAUUGAACUUGCAGGCAAAGUGAUUUUUUUUUAAAUAAAACUAAAUGUUCUCUUUUGAUGUGGAAGCACUUCCUUCUUGCAUAGGAAUCUCCUGCCAAUUCAAGCACAGGUCACAUGUAAAGAUGCACUGUGCCACCACACACCCUUGAUGAAUCCAGAUUUCUUCCUUCAUCCUAAUUUUCUGCAAAAGGUGACUCAAACUUGUACUAGAACCACAUAAGCAGUACACAAUUGUGAAAUAUUGGGAACAUGGUUAUUCUUCAAGUGUGAACCUACUGGUUUAGGAUGAUUUAAUCACAGGAGGCAUUGCAUUCUGUCUUGUGAACAGAAAGUCAGUACCUUCAUGCUGGACAUCAGUGUAAAGAAAAAAAAGCCCUCAUCAUGAGUUAGCUGUCAGCAUUUAACUUAAAAUUCACCCAGUGACAAGCACUGCUCUUUUUAGCUCUCAUUUGAAAAAGAAAACUGUUCUUUAUUAAUAAUGACUGUUCCUGUAAACAUAAUUUGAAGAAAAGUAAAUUCUGAAGUUACUAGAAAUCAAAUAAAAGCAUAAAAACAUGAAGGAAUACUGAGCAGGCCCAGUGGUGUCAGGCAAGAUAAAUCAUUUGGCAUUUCAGGAAACAAACUAUUCCUUGUGCUGAAAGUUACUACAGGGAAACAGCAUUUAAGAAGCAAUAGAAGUGAGAAUGGAGAAGACUUCCCUCCCCAACCCCCAUCAAGAAGUGCUGUGGAUCAAAUAAAUAGUACAGUGCAGAAUUGAAAUUCACCAUUGGCAUAAUAAGAAAAUAAAAAGGCUUCUUGUACUCUAUAGUGUGAAGAGCUAAAGAGGAUAAGUAAAAAGGAUAAGAAGGAUUAAGGUAAUUCUCAAACUGGAGUAUGCACCAGGAAUCUAAAAGAAGAAAAUGGUAGGUCAACAUUGGCACAGCUAGUAGAGCUGCUGCCUCACAGCUCCAGUGAGGCAGGUUCAAUCUUUGUUGCAUGCUCUCCCUGUCACCAAAUGGAUUCUUCCAGAUGCUCUAGUUUCCUCACAUCCCAAAGAUAUGCUGACUGGUAGGUUAAUGGCCACUGUAAAUUCCCACUAGUGUGUAGCUGAUUGGUAGAUUUGAUGGGAAUGUGUAGGAAUCAAAUAAAAGGUGAGUGUAAAUGGGUGCUUAGCAUGGAGCUAGGGAACUAAAAUCUGUUUGUGCUGUACAGACUAUCCAAUCAAAUAAUACCAGA